CUGACAGCUGCGCGUGAUUUCCAUGGGAACCUCGUCACGCGAAAGGAAAUGACCGGGUUUGCUUGGUCAGAGUGGGCUUGGUUGGUUGACAGUAAUCUUGCUAUGGCUGCAAAGGGACAAAGAAGGGCUGAUCCUAUUGAGCUGAAAGCUAUUUUCUUGAAGGGUUUAUGUUUUCUCUUUUUCAGUAUGCCAGCGUCCAGAAGAAUGAUGAGCACUUCAUGUCUCCGGUGGACUUUGUCACCCGGUUCCUCCACGAACACACCGACAUCAAGCUUUCUGACGAGGCCACUUUGUUGCUGGCUGGGGUGGUGGACCAAAAGAAAGAUGGGUUGAUCUCCUUCCAGGAGUUUGUGGCCUUUGAGUCGGUCCUGUGUGCUCCGGAUGCUCUGUACAUGGUGGCCUUCCUGCUGUUUGACAAGACAGGGAAAGGAGCCGCCACCUACGAGGACAUAAAGCAGGUCUUCAGCCAGACCACCAACCAUCAGCACAUACCCUUUAACUGGGACUCGGAGUUCAUGCGGCUGCACUUCGGUAUGGAGAGGACCAAGCACCUCAGCUACGGGGAGUUCACCCAGUUCCUUCUGGAGAUGCAGCUGGAGCAUGCCCGACAGGCCUUCAUUCAGAGGGACCGGACCCAUAGUGGCUCCAUCAGCGCCCUGGACUUCAGGGACAUCAUGGUCACCAUCCGGCCUCACAUGCUCACACCCUUCGUGGAGGAGAGCCUUGUGGCGGCCGCCGGGGGCAGUACGUCUCACCAGGUCAGCUUCUCCUACUUUAACGGCUUCAACUCUCUUCUGAACAACAUGGAGCUCAUUAGAAAGAUCUACACCACAUUGGCUGGGAGCAGUAAAGUUGUGGAAGUCACUAAAGAGGAGUUCAUCAUUGCUGCUCAGAGAUUUGGCCAGGUGACUCCCAUGGAGGUAGACAUCCUGUUUCAACUGGCUGACCUGUAUGAACCCAGGGGGCGUGUCGGUCUGGUGGACAUAGACAUGAUCGCUCCUCUGGAAGAAGGUGCACUGCCAUACAACCUGGCUGAGGCCCAGCGGCAGCUGUCUGGUGGGGACCCGUCCCGUUCUGUUCUCAUCCAGGUAGCCGAGUCGGCGUACAGGUUUGCCCUGGGCUCUGUUGCCGGGGCUGUGGGAGCCACGGCGGUGUACCCCAUAGACCUGGUGAAGACCAGGAUGCAGAACCAGAGGACCUCCGGCUCCCUGGUGGACGAGCUCAUGUACAAGAACAGCUUUGACUGCUUCAGGAAGGUGGUGCGCUAUGAAGGCUUCUUCGGCCUCUACAGAGGUCUGGUACCGCAGCUACUGGGCGUGGCCCCGGAGAAAGCCAUAAAGCUGACAGUGAAUGACUUUAUCAGGGGGAAGACAAGACAGAAAGAUGGAUCAAUCCCUCUAGCUGCUGAGAUUCUUGCUGGUGGUUGUGCGGGUGGGUCCCAGGUGAUCUUCACCAAUCCCCUGGAGAUUGUAAAGAUCCGCCUGCAGGUGGCUGGAGAGAUCACCACCGGCCCCAGAGUCAGCGCUGUGUCUGUCAUCAAGGACCUGGGCUUCUUCGGCCUCUACAAGGGAGCCAAAGCGUGCUUCCUGAGAGACAUCCCCUUCUCAGCCAUCUACUUUCCCUGCUAUGCUCACGUCAAGUCCUUCAUGAGUGACGAGGACGGACGGAUCGGACCGUUCAAGCUGCUGUUGUCGGGGGCCGUAGCAGGCAUGCCCGCUGCCUCCCUUGUGACCCCAGCUGAUGUUAUCAAGACAAGGCUACAAGUGGCGGCCCGUGCCGGCCAGACCACGUACAACGGUCUUGUUGACUGCUUCUGGAAGAUUCUGAAGGAGGAGGGGCCACGGGCCUUCUGGAAAGGAGCUGGAGCCCGAGUGUUCCGGUCCUCGCCCCAGUUUGGAGUCACCCUGGUGACCUAUGAACUCCUGCAGAGGUGGUUCUACAUUGACUUUGGCGGACAAAAACCGACUGGCUCUGAGCCGACUCCCAAGUCUCGGAUCAGCCUGCCGGCGCCCAGUCCUGACCACAUCGGUGGCUACAGGUUGGCCGUGGCCACGUUUGCCGGCAUCGAAAGCAAAUUUGGACUCCACCUCCCGAGAUAUGCGAGUAGCCCCGCCGUCCAAGGAGGACGCCCCUCGAAUUGAACCCCUCGGUUUCCGCCCGUGGAGGGCAGAACAAAGCGUCCGUGCUACGUCGACACGCCUCCAUCCAACGCCGAGCACUUGGAACACAACGCAUCAAAGAGAGGCACAUUCUUGACUCGUAGGAUGUGCCCUUUAGGCUUUGCAGAGAAGUAUGUACUGUAUCUAUUAGUGGAUGUGAGAUCUUUUUAAAAGUUCUUCUUGAAACUACCUUUUAUACAUCACGGUCAAGGACCACUAUCAAGUUUGUUAGCUCCCGGGUCGGUUAGUGUCAGGUACCCGUAAAGAACGACCUUUUGAGUCAGUCUCGUUUUCAAUUUCAAGUGAUGCUUACAAUACCGACAUUGUGUGUCUAGAGUAGUGUCAUUGUAGCUAGUCUUUUCAUAUUGUAAUAUGCACAGUAGCUCAUGACUUGAAUUAGACCUGGGUGGCUUCCUGUCAUUACAUCAUUGCUAAGGCUGAGACUCAUUGAAAGGGCAUUGUCAACAAGCACACUGCACUUUACUUUUAACAGUUAUUUGCUCUUCGGUCGACUUGCGUAGCAUUUACCGCGGAUGUGAUCGCUGGGAGCGUUUGGUAAAUUGCAUUUGGAUGGGGUGUACUGUAGUUGAAAAUGCAUUGAGCUUGACUACGCGCCCAUUGAUUAAGUCGUGGCCUAGCCAUCAUUUUGUAUGAUUUUGAUUUUAUGGUCUUCCGUCUGAGUUUGUCUGAUCUUCCUAAGACAUCCAUAGGAACUCUGUGAAAUUGAUAUUUAAAUUUACAUGUGAUUUUAUGGAUCAGAAAAGUAGCACAGGUACAUCUGAAUAAUGGUUAUAUUGUACAAAUGAUAGCGAACAAAGAGACAUUUAAAUAUUGAUAUAGUUCACUGGGUUGCUUUUUGGAAACUGAUAAAAAAAUGUAUCUUGAUCAUUAACUUAACUUUCUUAACAAGAAAAAGAUUCAACCAAAUGAAACACAUGAAUGUAAAACGUUCUUGGUCGUUACCAACACUUGCACAAGGUAUUAAAACAGAAGUCAUAUCUUAAUUCAAUCGUCCUGUAGUUGCAGGAAACGUACACCUGCAGUUUAAUCUCAGUAUUAUAACAUUUGAAAUUUCCACUUUAAAAUGUCCGGCUUUUUAAAUUCCUGUUUCUGCCGGAUGACAUUCCUGCUUGUGUCAAAACUGCUCAAAUGAAGGAAUGGCAUUUGGGUUGCUGAAGUGUCGCAGUGAUGAUCUGUUUCCUGCUUUCAAUCGCGCAGCUCGUGUUUUAUAAUAUACGGCUGAGCAGAGGAGGUACGAGGUGAGGUGUUUGCCCCAGCUAUGCUACACCACGCAUAUUAAACCACAGAUUUAAUUACGGUAUACUCAGGGUUGGGUAGGUUUACUUUUUAAAUGUAAUCCGUUACAAGUUACUUGUCCACAUUUGUAAUCACUGACGUAACUUUUUGAUUACUCAA